AUGACCGCAAAAGUGACGUCUCCUAUCGGUGUUUGGGUUCGCAACGUUUUAUUACCAAAAACAACUCAUAACAACUCGCACUUUGUUGAAUAUCACCAUCAUACCUCUUUUUUUCCACAAUCUCACUCGCGUUUUGCUUCCACGAUUUCUGGACAUCAACAAGACUUUCAAUGUGGAAAAGCCCAAGCUGCUCCUAAUGACCAUCAACAAUUCAAUCAGGCAUGGUAUCAUGGAAUUCCUCCACAAUCUUUUGUUAAAGUAGCUGGUGCCUCUGCUGCCUUUUGGUUUAAUAAUCGUGACGAAAAUCUUCAUUGGAAUCAAUUUUUGCCUCAUAAUGUAUUUAAUCAUGCAAAAUGUUGGGGUUAUGAAAAGAGUCAAAGAUUAUAUGAAAGUUUUGGACGGUUGUCAGGAAUUCUUGAUGGAUCGUGUCCACGACGAGUUUAUAUGAUGGGUAUGAUGCCAGGGAAAGUUAAACCAAGUGGUCGGGAUCCACUUCUCACACCUCCGCUUACACCUGAUAACUCUCCAUCUGGAUCUAAUGAUGGUUUCAAAUCUUCUCAUGUUUCAAAAGAGCUUGAGAAUGUCUGUCAAUCAAGUUCUCCACUUGAAUCGGCAAUAAUUGAUUUUGAAACGUUUAUAAAUAGGAAUGUUGCACGCGCUGAGAAUAUUACUGGAUUAUAUUACGCUAGACAUAACAAAACAGAUAAUGUAAAAGUUCAAAAUUCCACGGCUCAUACCCCUGCUCAUUUCUUUCAACUUGCUUCUGAGAAAUUUCAUCCUUCAGCUCAGUUUAAUUUGGCAUUAUGUUAUCAUUAUGGUAAAGGUGGUGUAACAUACUCUAACCUUCCUAAGGCUAUCGAAUAUUACACGCUUGCUGCCUCUGAUGGUCAUAAAAUUGCACAAUAUAAUCUUGGCAUUUUAUAUCAAAAAGGUGGUAAAGGUAUUGAAAAGGACAUUGGGUUAAGUUUGGGUUGGUUACAAAAAGCUGCUGAAGGUGAAAAUGGCUACUUACCAGCAAAACUUGCGAUUGCGAUGCUAUGGCAAAAUGGUAUUGAAGGUAUCAUUCCUAAAAAUGAUGAUCGUGCUAAAGAAAUUUUUAAAUUACUUGUCGAAGAAAGUCGACACAAAAUUGGAAACUCUGAAACUAAUAAUAAUUCCGGUAAUCAUGACCCUAUCUUGGAAUUAACUUCAAUAUCUUCAGCUGCGCUUGCAAAUUAUUAUUUAGAGAAUUUGUCUUCAAAGUCGCAAUUACCACAGCAUCAUCAGCUUUCAACUUCUGCUCGUUAUCAUUGGGAUUAUUUGUCACAUCCACAUUCUCCAGCGGCUAUUUACAACCUUGGGGUAUUGUACGAAUUUCACUUGAACGAUAUUCAAUUGGCUGUAAAAUGCUACAAACUAGCUGUUCAAUUAGCGAAUAUAAACAAACCGUUCAAUAAUUGUCAAUUGCCCUCUUCAUUCAAUCAAGAAGAUCUUCAAUGCGUGCAAAAUGCUAUGUGGAACUUGGGCGUUAUAUUUGCAAAAGGAAAAGGUGGUUUACCAAGAGACUUCAAGGAAGCCAAGAGAUGGUUUAAUGGUAUUAGUGAUAAAAAUCAAGAGAUGGAGAAAUUGGAGAAAUGGUUGGAUAAAAAGUUAAAGCGAGUUGAAUU